AUGGAGGCGAGUCAAUUAGAAUUUACGGCAACUUCUAGCCGACGUCGCCAAGGUUCUCUUUGCAGUGCCCUGGAAUCACAUUCCACACCAACCUGCACGGCCUUAUUAGGUACUAGUGCAAGCCAAGAUUUUUCUUUUAUCCAGACUGGUCCUGAUCAUUUUUCCGACAGGUUUCAUUUACAAGGGGCUUCAGUCUCUCAUCUCCACGACUGCUCAAAUCAAGGCCUCUACUUCGGACUCCAGUCUCAGCCUAGUGAGCUUUCUUCCAAUAACAACAGACAUUUUCGAAAUCAUCAGGGCCUUCGAUUUGGUUCACAACAAAGUCCCUACAACGACAGGCCGAAUACUCAUGGAUACUCAUCUUUAAUUCGAACUAUGUCGAGUGGUUGCAUCCAGCAGCACUUCACUGACACUUCUACCGGUGCCAGCCUCUCCACUGAGCGUCGCGACCCUCCUGGUGCUGCUGAUGGCGAUUCCCUGAUAAAUGAGCAAACUAGCUUCAGACCUGCUAAUAGAAUAACUCAUCUUUUUUCCAGUGAUCCGCGCCUUGAAGGCGGGGAAAUUUGUUGUGUUAAUGGCACUGAUUCCUAUUAUGCAGGAAAUAGCUUCAUUUGCAGUGACCAUCGCGAAGAGGAAAGGACUUAUGUCAGAUCAGAGCGGUUGGCUUUCCCAUCUGCCCAGACUGGCAUAUACGAGCAUCAUCAUCUUUUCUGUCAUGCUAAAACAGUUGCCUCUUCCUUUCCUUUUCAUUUGUCAAGUGCCUCUGUAUCUCUACCUAAGCUUUGCAAUCUUAGCUCGGUCAGCCCCGGUGAGAAUUUUGUGUCUGACUUGGUGGCCUGCGCACCCUGUCCGUCUAGCCAGCCGCUUAUAACAGCCAUCCCUUCAACCGUCGGUGGACAGAGUUGUCAUCAGGCCUGGCAGAUCGCAUGCACGACACAAGCAGCUCAUUUUGACGUUACAAGUAAUGAAGUUAAUCGGGCGGGCUUGAUGCCAGGAGUUUCUAAGCUGGAUCACUGGGACGAUGGUAUAUAUGACACCUAUGCCAAUAUUGAUAAUUCACCCGGAAGUCAGAUAUCGCAUUUCUGUAGUCCUGUGGAAGAACCAGAAGUGCAUAGUCUUCGAGGUAAGGGGUAUUUGGUAGUUCGUGUAUGA